AUUGAAUCCGAUAAAAAAUCCCAUUUUUCGUUUUUUUCGGUUUCCUGUUGUUUAGGUUUCAACAACCCCCGCGAGGAAUCGAAGAGCAAGAGUUGGGGGGCUGAAUUCGAUUCCCAGCCCCCCGCCCUCCUGGUUCAUCGCCACUUUUGUUGGAUUGGAUUGGCCUCAAUAAGAGACAGAGAAGUUCAGCCAGUUUUUAUUCUAUAACUUAAAGUUGGUUUAUAGAGAAGAAGCACCUAUGAGGCUAAGGGUUCUGGCCAGCUAGAUAUUUGUAAUGCAUCGUUUUAUAUCAAUUCUGCUGUGGCAUUUUGAUGGCUAUUCCUGUACUGCAAUCACUGAGUGAAGAUCAAACUGAUAGAGUACCUUUGCUGAUGGAACAGUCUAUAAGUCAAGAUACUCAUGAACAUAUAGUUAAUAUACCUCAAACAGGUGUUGCGUCCACGUCAACAUCUAAUGGAGAUGAUUUCACUGACUCGGAUGAAUUGCAUCAAGAGGAUAGAACUUCAGCAAGUUUACAAGCUCCUAGCACGCAGUCAUUUUUACUCUCACCCACUGUAUCCAACUCCAGAAAUUCUUCUGUUACAAGGAGAGGUGAUACCUAUGGUCGUCGUCACAGGAGCCCCUUGAAUUCUGGUUUUUGGAUUUCUGUUGAGCUUGUUGUCAAUUUGAGCCAGAUUACAGCGGCAGUUAUCGUUCUCUCCUUGUCCAGGGAUGAGCAUCCACGGGCUCCGUUAUUCACAUGGAUCAUGGGCUAUACAGUAGGAUGUAUUGCUAGUCUACCUCAUCUUUAUUGGCGUUACAUUCACCGCAGCAGUCAGGGUUCUGAUCAGGACUCAGCUCAUUUACGUAGAAAUUCAUCUCAAAACAACCAUAUUGAGUCAAAUUCUUACACUACCAUCACUGUUACUCAAGGAGAAGGCCAACAAAAUGCUACUCUAUCUUCACGUUUUGGACGAAAUUUAAUUACUUUCAGUCCCAGAUUAAACGCAUUUGUCGACCACUUAAAGAUGGCUCUGGAUUGCUUCUUUGCUGUGUGGUUUGUUGUUGGGAAUGUGUGGAUUUUUGGGGGACACUCUUCUGCUGCUGAUGCUCCCAAUUUGUACAGGCUAUGUAUAGUGUUCCUGGCAUUUAGCUGCAUUGGGUAUGCCAUGCCGUUCAUUUUGUGUGCAACAAUAUGCUGCUGCUUGCCUUGCAUAAUAUCGAUAUUAGGCUUCAGAGAGGAUAUGAACCAGACAAGGGGAGCGACACCUGAAUCGAUCAAUGCCUUGCCUAGUUACAAGUUCAAGUUAAAAAGAGCCUGUACAGGAGAGAAAAUGAGGAUAACUCAGAAAAGCAUAGGUGAGGGUGGGAUCUUGGCUGCUGGUACUGACAAGGAACGAGCUAUUUCUGCCGAAGAUGCUGUUUGCUGCAUCUGCCUAGCAAAGUACGUAGACAACGAUGAGCUACGUGAACUGCCAUGCACCCACUUCUUCCACACUGAAUGUGUUGAUAAAUGGCUCAAGAUAAAUGCAUCAUGUCCUCUUUGUAAAUUUGAGGUCGGUGAGGCUGCGGGCGCAACUUCUGGUUCCAAUUCCGGCAGUCACAAUGAUGAUCGAAGGGUGGGAAGUGGAGGGGACCUUCAAGAAACACAGUAAUGACACCUCUGCUUCUGCCGAAGAUUUUUUAAUCAAUGAGGGACAUAUGUAUGUAUUCUCCCUUGUCUGUUGAUGCUGGUAUGCAACCUGCAUCAUUUCUAGUCCCUUGUUUAGAGAAGAAUUACCUUAAAGCUUCAGCAUAUAACAAAGUCAGAACCGAUGGUUUGCUUAUGGCUUUGAGAUCUUUACUAGACCGGAUGAUCAAAUGGGGGAUCAUUUGUUGUAUAAGAAAGAUGGAAUGCACUCAUUAGAGAGACAAGAGCACUAGGUUUGUGAUGGCUUCUGAUUUUGUAAUUCAUAGGAAAAGGAAAAAAAAAGGUGGACAGGGAUGAUACAAUGGAAGUAAACACCAUUUGCAUGUAGACUUUGAUAUAAUCUCAUGUGUUAUGAUAAAACCAAGGUUUUGUAAAGGCUAUAUGUUGUAAACUGGCAGGAUCAUGAGUGUUGAUAUGAUACAGAAUGUCUAAGAAAAUAGCUUUUAUUA